UCAAAUCAUAAGCAAAAUGAAGCAGUUCGCAUUUAUUGGUGUUUUCCUUCUGAUGUUGGCCGUUGCAAUGGCUGCCAUGCCGCAAAUGCCGGUAAAGCAUUUGGGUCAAAUUAUGAACUCCGGUUUUCUCCAGCGAAAUGCCGGACAACAGGGUCAGCAGGGACAGGGUCAACAACAUGGUCAACCCCCGCAAAAGGGUCCGAAUGGCAGUGGACAAGGGCAGAACUGAGUGUUAAUUGGUUGUUGAACUAAUCUAAAUGGGCUAUUGAAAUGAGUUUCCGAUCGAAUAGUUGU